AUGGAAACAGGCUACCCAGAGGAGCCUGCCCAGGCCAGGUCACAGUCAGUGGCCUGUGGGCAGUCAGAGGGAUGUGACCAGCAGCAGGAGGAGGCUGGGGGCCAGCAGCCUGAACCGGGCAGUGCCUCUGUGGUAGCUGCAGAGCCACAGCAGCCUCAGCCACCCCCUGGCAAGCUGAAGAAAACAGCUUUCAAGCUGUUUGGGGGGAAGAGGAGCAUCUGUACUCUGCCCAGCUUCUUUGGAGGCAGGAACAAAGCCCAGGGGAAAGCAGCUUCUAAAAAGGGCCUCAUCAAAUGCAAGACCCACGACGGGCUCAGCAGUGCCGCGUCCGAGAAGGGUGAUGGGGUACAGCUGGAGAGCCCCUCAGAGGGCAGCAGGGCCUCGCGGCAUUGCCUGUUGCCAAGCUCCCAAAGCGCUCACUCAGCUGUAGACACCAGCACCAGGUGUGAUUUGGGCCAGGGGGACAGCUCUCCACCAGGGAGAAUUGAGGGCUGUGAGAAAAAGCCCAAUGGCGAGAAGUCCUCCUUUCCCAGACCCAAAAAAGGCCUGAAAGGGUUUUUUAACAGCAUCCGGCGUCACCGGAAGAGCAAAGUUACUGAGUGUGAGAAAACAGAGCUCCAUGAGUGGACUGGAGACUCGGAGGAGCCCACCAAAGCUCCUGGAAUGGGAGUGGAGAGCCAAGGGACCGCAGAGGAAAGAGGGUUGGGACCUGUCCCUCUUGCCACAGCCUGCCUGGGGAGCUCUGAGGAUGACCACUCAGUAGGGACAGUGGGCGACUGCGGGGAGGCUGCUGAGCCUGGUUGCCUUGUGGCUGAUGAAGGCAGCUCUGAGGGCUGUGGUGGUGAUGUGGUGGUGACGGCAGGGAAGAGGGACACUCUGGAUACAAAAUUAGAGGCUGAUGGUGUUCUCUGUGUGGAGUUUGACCACGGUGAUAUGCUGCUGGAUUUCCAUCCAGACUUCAUGGACAAUGACCCUCCCUGCCUCCACUCCGGGGACCUUCUAAGCCUCAUCUUAGGAGAUGCCACAUCCCUGAAGAGCUUUGAUUCCCUGACAGGGUGUGGAGAUGACAUCGCUGAGCCUGACAUCACCGAGAGCACCAUCUCUGUGGAGCGCAGCAGAGACGCUGCCAAGCGUAGUUCCUGCCUGGUCACCUACCAAGGCGGUGGGGAGGAGAUGGCCAUACCCGAGGAGGCAGAGGAGUAUCUCCACCAGAUGUGGGAUGGCAGCGUGGCAGGGGACAGGAGCUACGGAGCCCAGGUGUCCAGCAGCAGUUUGGAGACGCAUGCCUCGCAUGAGGCGGAAGCCCAUCCCUACCUGGGGGAUGCCAUGGAUGGCGUUGACCUUCUGACACCACAGAGUGACCAGCAAGAGUCUGCCCCUAAUAGUGAUGAGGGUUAUUAUGACUCCACCACACCAGGGCCAGAGGAUGAAGGCGGGGAUGGGCUUGGUGAGAUCAAGAAGGAGCGUCUGCCCAGGGACAGCUACAGCGGCGAUGCACUUUAUGAGUUUGAUGCACUGAUGAGUCCCUCUCACGGGGAGGAGUCCCUCUUCGAGAGCAAGAUCUCACGCCCGGGCAUCUUCAACUACUUCUUGGACUUCUGCCUCCCCGCUGAGAAGAGCCUGAUCCAGAUGAUGGAGCAGAAGAGAGGAGUGAUGGAAACAGAAGAAGAGCGGCUGGCGGCCAUUCAGAAGGAGCUGCUCUUCUGGGAGCUGCAGAGGGAACCCAUCUUGAAGCGCUUUGAUGUUCCCAGCAAGGAGAAGUGUCCCCGGGAAAAGCAGUGUGUGGAAUGUAAAAGCAGAGCAGCCAGCUCGCUUGGCAAGAGUCAGAGUGGCCUUGGUGGUGAGCAGGUGGCCUCCCAUGCCCCAAGCAGAGGUGUGAAUGGUGGGGUUUCAGUGGCUAGAGCUGAAAAUGCAGAGUGGAGGGAUUUUGCAGGGCCCCUGUGCCCAGAGAGCUCCUACAGCAGCCCAAAGGCCCCAGGAAGUUGCCUUAAUCAGCUCACAAAGAGCAGCUUGGGGUUCGAUUCAGACCCGGGAUUGUUUGGCAUGGUUCCAGCCAAAGCAGGGGUGUUCCCUGGCUACAGACUCCCAGAACAUGAGCAUGGUGGAGUGGAAACUGCCGGCAGCCAGCCCCAGGUGGACAACGAAUGUGAGCCUGAGCACGCUGUGAACUUCUCCCAAGCACUGGUGGAGUUCGCCAGCAGCGGGACCCUCUUCUCCAGCCUCUCCGAAAGCCUGGGGAGCUCUGCCUCUGGCUCUUCUUUCACCCAGAACCUCCCUGCCCUCCCCACUAUGGUCACCUUCGACGUGGUGGACGUGGAGCAGGAAGGAGAGGGAGAGUGUGAGGAGCACCCUGAGAUGAAUGCCGGCGAGGACAUCGCUGAGGAGUUUGACGACGGCUACGGACGGAAAGAGUCAUUGGCUGAAUGCGACGAGAGAAUGUCCCCGGGGUACUCCCCGGGCUCCUUCCAGAGCUGCAACUGGGGUGUCACCAGCCUGCCGCGCCACCUGCGCCUCCACGGCCUGAGCCCCUCCAUGCCAGCACCGCUCUCCAUUGACCGCAGGAGCCGCUCGCUCGACACCGAGAGCCUGGAGCUCGAGCUCGGUGACACGCAGGGUGCCAAGGGUGGCCCUCAGCCCUGCCGCCUCUGGGCCAAGCGGGAGGGUGGCAGAAAGGACUCGGGUGGAGCGAGGAGGAGCAGGAGCAAGGAGGAGGGUGAGUUGGUGGCUCCCGAUGGCGGGUUGAGCUGGCCGGGCUUGCAGCACCUCCAGCAUGACACCGAGAUGGCUGCUGGGGGGGUGAAGCACUGGGACUUUGCUCCAGCUGUGACCAUGGAGAGUGCCUGGGAGCCAGCAGAGCAGCCUGGCACCAUGUCCCCUCCUUUCCUCUCUCUUUCCCGGAGCAUCCCUGGAGAAACCCUGGACACGCAGCCCCAGGAGGCAGAGCUGAACAGACACCCACUCAGACCCUCCAACUUACCUCUGCAGGGCAAGGCCAGGAGGUCCCAGGCGGCAGCUGGCUCCUACAGGUACCAUGGAGAAGCUCCCACCAAAAAGCUGCCCCACUUGUUACCCUUGGGAGAUACGGAGCCCGAGCUGCCCCCGAGCUUCCCUUUCUCCUGCUCCCUGGAGAAACGCCCCAAGUGCAAGCCCGUGGGCAUUGCCCAGGGCGUUCCUCAGCACCCCAGCAGCAGCACUGAUGCCCUCCGGAGCCCGGAGCGCUGCGCAGAGCCCCUGAAGGGCAGAGCCACCCCCGGGCUGCCCACACUGCCUGCCACCAUCAACGUCCCUGACGCCAAGUAG